GGUAGCCCCCGCCCCCGCCCCCGCCCCCCCGCAUCUUCAGUACACAAGGAGAGCAGACACAACGAAUGAAAGACAGCUGGACUUUUGGCAGUAUUGACCGAAUAUGGCCUCGCCGAGAACAAUAACCAUCGUCGCCCUUUCUUUUGCACUUGGCCUGUUUUUCGUCUUUAUGGGAACGAUUAAACUUACACCGCGGUUAAGCAAAGAUGCCUACAGUGAAAUGAAAAGGGCAUAUAAGAGUUAUGCAAAGGCUCUGCCGGGUUUGAAGAAGCUGGGCAUCACCUCAGUGCUUCUCCGCAAGAUCAUCGGAACUGUGGAAGUGGCAUGCGGUGUGGUCCUGACACUUGUUCCUGGAAAACCGAAGGAUGUUGCAAACUUCCUUCUUCUACUGGUCAUGCUAGCUGUGCUCUUCUUUCACCAGCUAGUUGGUGAUCCUUUGAAACGAUAUGCUCAUGCACUGGUUUUUGGGAUCUUACUCACCUGUCGCCUUCUGAUCGCACGCCAGAGUGAUGACCGACCUGAGAGAGAGGAACAACGAGAAGAACAAGUCAAUGCUCAGGAAAAGAACAAAAUCAAAGUGUCUUAGCUUCUCCUCUUCCGACUGUUAGUAAUGCAAAACAAUGUGGACAUUUCCUGAAUAUCAUAUAUGCCAUGGCAAUUAAAAGAUGGUCACCACAAAAGGUGAUUUUCUAUUCUUUACACCCAUACAAGCCAUCUACACAUUUCUUUAGGCUUCAAUUUAAAGUUAUAUAACUUGUAUAAAUAUAGGUUUAUGCAAUACACUCCUAUGUAAAGCUAAUAUUAUUAUUAAACCAUCAUUAGCUAUAAGGCCCAAUUAUUAUUAUCAUUAUUGUUCCCAUAGUGACUAUUUCAGUUUGACACCUUAUAGUGUAGACACAUUAUGGCUACUUAAUUCCAAAAUAUCAACUAUAAAAACUGCUGUUCGUUAGAUAGCAUGAAGAAAUAAACAACAUCCUACAAAACAUUUAAACACUGAUGCAUUGCAAAAGAUAUAAGAUGAUGUUUUCUCACAAUAAGUUCCGAGACCAUUUCUGAGCAUGAUCCUUCAGCGGUUGCCCUCUUGCCUAUGUGGCACAAAAUGUUGAAAAUGUUUGUGUGUAAAGGUUUGCUGUUUUGUAUUAGUACUUGCAUUAUUUUUAUUUAUUUAUUUUUUUUUUCAUAAAAAGAGGUAACUGUUGCUUUCACCUUGCUUUUAAAACAUUUUAUUUGGUAACUGUCACUUGUAAAAGUUCAAUAAAGAUAUCCUCAUCCUUCA